AUGAAUACUCGCCCGGUGCUGGACUCAGACAAGGGUCCCUUCGCUCUGUCUGCUUCCUUCAACGCAGACAACUCCUGUUUCUCCGUCGCGCUGGAAUCCGGCUUCCGCGUCUUCUCCUCCAAGUCCGGCGACCAGAAGAUCGCACGAGAAAUCGGGGGCGGACUGGGCCAGGCAGAGAUGCUCGGCACGACGCGCUACAUCGCGCUGGUGGGCGGCGGCAAGGCUCCCAAGUUUCCGCAGAACAAAGUGCAAAUCUUCAACGACUCCACCCAGUCAGUCUCCACGAGCCUCGAGCUCUCCGCCCCGAUACAGCGCAUCCGCCUGAGCCAGACACAUAUCAUAAUCGCACUGCUGCACAGCGUGCGAAUAUACCGCAUGGCGCUCCCACCCUCUCUCAUCGCGUCGUACGAGACGAUCGCAAACCCCCACGGCCUCUGCACCCUCGGCUCGUCCAUCAUCGCCUUCCCCGGGCGCGCAGUCGGACAAGUCAAAGUAUACGACUUGGCAACAGGGAACGUGUCCAUCAUUCCCGCGUCGACGAGUGCGUUGCGCGCAUUAGCGCUGUCGAAGGACUGCACACAAAUCGCCACGGCCAGCGAAGCGGGCACGCUGGUGCGCCUGUGGAGUUUCCCAAGCUGCACCAAGACGGCCGAACUACGACGGGGCGUCGAUCCAGCGGUGAUCCUCGGGCUGGCGUUUAGCCCCAGCGGGACUGCACUGGCAGUGACGAGCGACAAGGGGACAUUGCAUAUCUUCGACCUGCCCUCCGGAGGCGGCAGCGGCGAGACCGGAACGACCAGCUCCGACCACAAGUGGCGCAUGCUCUCCAAGCUGCCGCUGCUCCCGCGGCAGUUCAGCGACACAUACAGCAACUGCAGCACGCCCUUCAGUCUGGGCGACGACUACACGUCCGCGACCGCCGGGAGCUCGAGCGCAGGGAGAGCCGAGAGCACAGGGAAUAUUGGAAUCCAAGGCGUGCCCGGCGGCCGCCCGACCAAAGGUCUGCUGGGCUGGCUCGACGAAUCGACCGUGCUGUGCGUCGGGGCGGGGCAGGAUGCGCGGUGGGAGAGGUUCGUGGUCGGGUACGAUGAGGGCGGGAGGCGAGCUGUGUGGCGCGAGGGAUGGCGGCGGUAUCUGGACUAG